AUGAAUAGUGCGGCUCUUAGUUUAGCUGCGUCCAUGUUUGAAGGAAGCGGUUCUGAUAGUGAUAGUUUAGCUGAUACAGAAACUGUUCUGUAUAUUCUUGGAAUUGAAUAUAAAACUCCUCAUGACACUUAUGCAAUACUUGAUGAUGUUGUAAGUAGAUUUUGGUUUACAUAUCGAACUGGAUUUGCACCAAUUGGUGGCCCAUCAGGUCCCACAAGAGAUACAGGAUGGGGUUGUAUGAUGCGUUGUGGUCAAAUGAUGUUAGCUGAAAGUUAUAUUAGAUUUUUUUUACCUGCAGGAAGAUAUUUUCGAUGGCGUCCAAAUAUAAGUGAUUCAGUUUAUUGGGAAAUAUUAAAUAUGUUUAUUGAUAAACGUCAUUCAUCAUAUUCUAUUCAUCAAAUCGUACAAAUGGGAAAUUCUGAAGGUAAAGAAAUUGGACAAUGGUUUGGUCCAAAUACAAUUGCCCAAGUACUUAGACGUAUAGCUUCAAAUGAAUUUGAUAGACAAAUUAAUGUACAUGUUGCAAUGGAUAAUACACUUGUACUUGAUGAAAUACGUAAAUUAUGUCAAAUCAAUUCAAAAGUUCGUAAAACAACAAAAAAAUCUAAUGAUACAUCAAGUGGUUGGAAACCAUUAGUUAUAAUUAUUCCAUUAAGAUUAGGUUUGACAAAUGUCAAUAUAGAAUAUAUUGAUCAACUAAAGUUGUGUUUUCGAUUGCCUCAAACGCUUGGUUGUAUUGGUGGUAAACCUAAUCAUGCACAUUAUUUCAUUGGUUAUUUAGAAACUGAUGAACUUCUUUAUCUUGAUCCACAUGUAACACAACAACAUGUUGAUACAACUGUAACUGCUGAUGAUAUAUCUUAUCAUUGUGAUCGAAUUAAUAGAAUGAAAUUUUCUGGUCUUGAUCCUUCUCUUGCUUUAGCUUUUGCAUGUAAAACUGAAAUUGAAUUCGAUGAUUUAAUUGCAAAAUUAAAACAAAAUCUUCCAUCGAAACCAAUGUUUGAAAUAUGUCAAUCAAAUCCAUUUGAUGUUCAUAAUCAACAACCACAUCAUCAUGGAGUUCUAACAUUAGAUUCAGAUGAUGAUUUUGAAGUUGUGUAA